UUAAAAUAUGGCGAUGACUUAAUUAAUUGAGUUUGAAAAUGCUUGAAAAUAUCGCUGCUCAGGUAUUGAACAGAUAUAUCGGUGAAUAUGUAGAAAAUAUUAACACACAGAAUUUAUCUAUUGGAUUAUUGCGAGGUGCUGUUGAACUCGAGAAUCUUCCAUUGAAGAAAGAUGCCUUGAAUGACCUGGAUUUACCAGGAAUUGUAUUGAAGUCAGGACAUAUUGGGAAGAUUGUGCUCAGAAUUAAAAGCUACAAGACUAUCAAGGAGCCGUGGAUUGUAGAAAUCCAUCGAUUGCAGCUUGUAGUUGGACCCGGUGAAACAACACGAACUGUCGAUAAAAAUGAAGAAAAAAAGAAAAAGGAGGAACAGAAACAGAGAGAGCUUGAAGCAUUGGAAGAGAAAUGGCGAGCAAAACAUGGACAGAAUACUUCGUUGUAUUCAGUCUGGUAUUCCUAUUCUUCAAGUAUCAUUACAACUAUCAUGGAGAAUUUACAGUUUGAAAUUCAUGAUGUCCAUAUCAGAUAUGAAGAUGAUGUCACUCUUCCCCAGAAGUUUUCCUGUGGAGUUUGUAUAAAGAAUUUAACAUCAAAAUCCACAGAUGACAAAUGGAUUCCUACUAGUGGUGAGCGAACGAUAUCAGAAAUGAUGUACAAAUUGCUCCAACUCGAUGGCUUUUCAGUAUAUUGGGACGCAGAUUCUGAGAUGGUAGGAGACUUGCCUCAAGAAGAACUCAGUAAAAAAUUACAAAAAUGGGAAGAAUCGAGCACAAGUAAUGUUGAUAUGAAAACACCAGAAGGCAAGCAAUCGCAAUUUCUGCUCACUCCUGUGUGCGGUCAAGCGAAACUGACAAAAAAUUCAUCAACUUUGCCGUUGAGGUCAAAAAAUCAACCAAGAAUUUCAUUGGGGGUGAUGUUAGGUGAAAUAUCUCUUCAUUUGAGCCACACCCAAUAUAAACAAGCAAUCUUCCUGGCAUCUGAAUUAUCAAGAUCUGAGAAACGAAAUAUUCACAAAGAUGGAAGACCAACUGGAACAUUUGAAAAAUGCGCUAAAGAAUGGUGGGAAUGGGCGAUAGAGACACAUUUAAAACAAAUCAAAAAGUUGAAGACGCGAUCUUCCAAGUCGUUUAUACUAAACAGAGCAAAGAACAAUGUUGAAUACAUCAGAAUGUAUGAAAAAGUCAUCAAAUCAAAAAUGGAUUUGGAAAAGAUGCAAACUGCUGAGUCAGCACUUUUGGAGGCAAAGAUAUUUGAUAUUGAAAAAGAUUUGACGUUUCAUGAAAUCCAAAUUUUACGAGAAGUUGUUUUCGAAAGAACAGAAAGAUUGUUAAAGAAACAAGCGAAAACAAAAUUAGAUAAUUCAAUGAAGAAGAAUGAAAAUGAGCAAAACAAAGGGAAAGGAUGGGGAAGCUGGUUACGUGGUUGGGGGAGAGGAUGGAGUUCUGAAAAACAGCCUGAAGUAACUGCUGAAACAACUGAUGUUGAUAAGAUUGAGGAAAAGGAAGAAAGUCUAGAUCUCGUGGAUUUGAAUCUACAUGAUUCGGUUUAUAAGGAUUUAAAUGAAGAUGAACUGUAUGAAAUGUUUGGCGAAGAAUUAUCCGAAAAAGACACGAACGAUACUUUCCUGAAACGAGAUUCUGUGUUUUUGAAUUUGAGUUUUUCUCUCGAUGCUGGUACGUUAACUUUGCAUGAGGACGGUGCAGAAACAGGAGAUCCAAUAACAUUAGAAUCAGUUCCUUUCAUUGGAGUGGAAUUCCGGGAUGUGUCAGCUACAACUGAGUGGAGGCCAAGAUACAAGUCCAGUGAAAUGAGAGUUGAUCUCGGUGGUUUAUUCGUGAAAGAUCUGAGCAACAAGAGAAGUUGUUUUUCUGAAUUAAUAAAACCACAAGUGGAUUUAUUGGACAGUGUUCCACAUUCUCCCAGAGAAGCUGAGAAUGUGAUGUCAUCUUCCAUCAAGGGUUUAUUCGAUCUUCUAUCUUCAAAUAAGGAACCCAGAGAGUUACAGUCAGAAAAAUCUACAGUUUUCAGUCUGUUGUAUCAAAACAAACCCAGAACAGAAACAAAUCGUUUCACAAACAGACUUGAAAUCGCUUCUGCACCAAUUGUUAUAACGUUCUUACCAAAUCUGGUCGAAAGAGUAAAAGGGUUCUUCAAGUCAGCUGAAUCCAGUGAUGACAGUGUAGAUAUAGAUGAUGGUAUUUCUGCCACAGCAAUAGAAAAGUAUGAGGCAUGGAAACAGCAAUCACAAGCUGAAAUCAAGAGAACUGUGAAACGAAUGAUGGAUGGGAAAACAACUACUAACGUUUCUCAAGACAAAUGGGCAGUGACUCUCAACAUAUCAGCCCCAGAGAUAAUAUUCCCAGAAGAUUCAACUGAUAACAAAUCUAAUGUUGUCAUUGCCAACCUUGGUCAUAUGACAUUCAAGAACCAUAAUGAGGACGAUUAUUUAUCAAAAUGGAAAAACAAAUCAAGUCUUCCAAAUACUGGAGCAAAACUUGAAGAAAUUGUGGAUGAUGAUGAUGAGGAAGACUUUGUGACACCUCCUGAUACUCCACCAAUCAUGGAAGAGGAAUCGUUAGUUGAACCCGAUGUGGAACAGGAUGACAUUAUGGAUGGUGGAGGUUUGUUACCUCCAGGCAUUGCAGCUGAUGAUUUGUCUGAAUCCUCCAGUCAACAAAGAUUGAAUGAGAAAUUAUUUUACGAGAGAAUGUACGAGCAAUAUCAAAUGCAUUUCACUGACUUACAGGUCCUUGUGGCACGGAAUGAUGAAAAGUGGGAGGCGACCAGGACCCAAGGAAAGGGACCACACCAUCUAGUGGAAAGGUUCAGCGUUGACUUACUGUUAGAGCGCAGAGUCGUACCGACGCUCGAUCCAAAAUGUCCUGCUGUGAAAUUGAAAGGAAAUCUUCCGAAUUUGACAAUACAUUUGAGCCAUACUAAGGUUCACUCACUUUUCAAUUGUCUCGAUCGGUUUUCACAAAAACCACCAGAAUCUACCAGCGUUUCCUCUAUGAGUAAAUCACCAAGGCCGACUUCUUCAAGACAAUCUGAUUCUCCUGGAAUUUUGCCUGAGAAUUUCAGCAAAAUUGCUGAUACAGCAGAUGUGAAAAUAUCUGAUGAAAAAGCAAAAUCUAAACAAUUACUUUGCCAGUUCUCUAUGAAUGAGAUUUCAGUUUUAUUGGAAGAAAGCCCGACAUCCAUUCUCUCUGUUCUUGAGGUUCGAAGAAUCCAAGCUGAAUUCACAAAAAGACCUUACGAUCAUGAGACUGGGUUCUCAAUACAUAGCCUGUUACUCAUUGAUACAAAGCAAGACAUUGGACAUGAUUAUGAGUUGCUUCUUGCAUCACAUCGCAGUGUGAAGAUGGAUUUAGGGAGUGGAAAUAUACUGGACUCAGGAACAACAUCCCCUGAUUUUAAUGGUCCUCCAAUUUCUAAUCAACAUUCUGAUAUAAAGACAAUUUCUUCAACUAAGAAUAUGUUGUCAUCUGUGGCUUCCAGUCUAAAACAGGCGAACAUAUUCAACUUCAGUGGUGAGCAAGAUAUCUAUCCGAAUAAUAAUUCUGGCAACAGUGAUAAUUAUCUACCAGGACUUGAAGCGGAAGAAGAUCUUAUAACCAUGGAAUGGAAGGUUGAACAGUUGGUCGACAAAAAUCGUGGAAAAUCAGUCAAAACUCGAAAUAAUGCAAAUAUUCAGUUCAAUAAUCUAGAUUUGGUGUUAAACUUGAAAAGUUGGGUUGCAGUUUUAGAUUUCCUGCAUUGGUUGAAACCUUCAGAAAGUGAAACCAUUGAUGCGAAACCGAUUCCGUUCAACAAUUCUGUCUUUGAACAUGCGGAUACUGCACAAUCCAGUGACAAUUUUCAAGCACAUCAGCACCAAGGCGAAACUGUAGCAUCCACUAGUGGAGAGGACUCUAAUGUCGGUGUGGACACUGAUGUGGUCAUUGAAUUUCGUAAAUUGAAUAUUCUUCUCAUGCGACACAUUGAAGGAGAUAAAGUCAUAGGUCGUAAAGUCGCAACCUUAUCAAUGCAUAAUACGAAAGUACUCGCAUCUCUCGGUGAUAAACUCAGUUACGUAAACAAACAAUUUGAUACGUUAAUGGACGUUCAUGGCUCGGUUGGUGGAUUAGCGUUACAAGAUUUAACAAACGCUGUCAAAGACGAGAGUGGAAUUCUACGCGCGAUGCAAGUUUUAUGUCUCGGGGAUCUCCCAGAAGAUUUGAAUGACAGCUCUGUCUCUAACAUGUCCUCAGUAACUAGCCAUGCAACACCACCUAGUGUCGACAUUGAAAAAUCUUUGAACAAUGAGAAUAAGCUUGAAGCAUUUUCAUUCACUAUGCAAAAAGGGAAAAGAAAAUUGGAAAAUCGGAAUCAAACGAAACCUUCAAGAAACGAUGAAGAGUUGGUGUUUUCAAUGGAUUCUGAUGAGUUUGGAACAACAGAUUACCAGGAAGAAACAAUUCUCAACCUACAUCUGGCAUCCGUAUUGUACAUGCAUUCACCAAGGUUUGUUGCUGAAAUACUGGCUUUGACUGACGAAGCAGGCGACGUCAUCAAUGCUAAGAUGACAGUGGACACAAAACAGGCCUAUAAAGAGAUGGCGUUCAGUAUAAUGGAUAAAAGUAUCGCAGUGCUGGGAAAGAGUGUUGUUCAAUUACCUGAUGAUGUGGACAGAACUCACUCAAAAACAAAACUAUCAUCAGGUUCUCUUCCAUCUCUCUUUAAAUUGAAAGUAGUGAUGCAAUCACCAAUUGUUGCUUUGCCAAAAUCUCUCGGAAGUUUUGAACUUCUCGUUGGGAACCUUGGUACGAUCACUAUGAGGAAUGGACAUGCUUUAGAAAGGUAUCGACCAGAAGAAGACGCAUUUGAUUUCAUGCUUAUUGAAAUAACAGACAUGAAUGUAAGUAGCAAAAGACAGGUAGAAGAAGAAUUAAAAGCCAAGAGAUCUCCAGGAAUACAUAAGAAGUUUAACAUUAAGAAAAGCUACAGUGGACCAUCGUUGGCUAAAUUAAAGGACUCGAACAGCCUGAAGAACAAGAAUUUCAGUGAAAUUCAAAUCUUACACGACACAAGUAUUCGACUCACAGUUGUAAAGAAACCUUUCAUUCCUUCACCAAGAAAGAAGUUGGAUCAGAGAUUUCCUAAGAAAGGAGAUGAUGGAAUUCUACUGAGUGAUGAAGUGAAUGACGGUCCAAUAUCAGACAAGAAGAUGUGUGUCACAGCAAGAAUGACUUUACCUCUGGCUCUCUCCCUGUCUAAACCAGUCUAUGAGCAGGUACUGAAGACUUUAGAUCACAUCAGUUUUGGAGGGAACAUUGAUGUUGAUGGAAUUGAUGAAUUGGAAGGUUCCAUGAUGACAAACAAUGAUUCUAUCAAUAUAUCUAUGAAUAGUGGUGAUAUCUCAGAACAUGGAAGAUCUCUGUUGGAUAGUGUAACAUCUCAGCAGUCUACUCCAUCUCACAGCAGAGAAUUUAAGUUAUUUUCUGCUCCUGGACUAGAGAUCACACCUGGAGUUAGCAAGACAAGCACCGAAACAACUCCAAUCACCACAAGGAAAUACACACCUCUGUAUGCUGAUAUUAAUAUCCCCGAGAUCGCUAUUCAACUGAAUGAAGAUUUAAGUGAAGGAGAACAGGGAGUCGUAAAAGUGACCUUGGAAGGAUUUUCAGCAAAAUUUGAGAAAGAGAAUCGGUCUUCAACUUAUCUUGAUUUAACACUCGGAUCUCUAGAGAUUGAAGAUUUAUUGAGAGAAGAGAAUUCUCCUCACAGAUACAUUGUCUCUUCUAGUUCACACUCAACUCAACCAUACUCAUCACGUUCAAGAGAAGAGUACCUUUCUACCUCAUGUCCUCCUUUUAUGAGUUCUUCUCCUGCUGGGCCUGGUUUUAUGUCGAGUUCAUUACCUACAGACAACAUUCAAAGACAGUCAAAUGCCACAAAAUUAAGAGAAAAUGCUCAAACAAACAGGCCAGGGAUGUUUCGACCAUUUGAUUCAUUCAACCUUGCAUCAGGGCCAUUUGGAACUUCUCAAGCAACCCAUGAUCAUCAGAGUCAUAGAUCACGAACUGUAUCGAAUGAAAGUGGUGGCUUGAAGAAUGGAGAAGAGCCAUGGACUCCUCCCUCCUCUCCUACCAUGAAACAGAGCACAAUUCAAGAUGAAACUUUGGUUCGGAUCCGAGCGUUUCUUGUUGACGGGAAAUCUCUGGCAUAUGAUGAUAUUUAUGCUCAAACGAACCGAAGAAUUGAUAUUGAUUUCAAUUCAUUGGAUUGUAAGAUCAAUCUCCAAACCUGGGUCGUACUUCUCGAUUUCUUUGGCAUCGGUACGGCACCGAAAAAACAAUAUGAAUUAGAUCGACAAACUGAGGAAGAAUAUAACUGGGAUAGAAGACUAGCUGUCAGUUUUACAAUAAACUUCAAAAUAGAAAUACAUUCUAGCUCAUACUACGAGAAUCAGCCAGACGAUUUCAUAAACUCAGAGAUUGACUUUAAAGUCCACAGUUUCAAUCUUAUCUUCAACAAGGAAGAAUACGAGUUUGUGAAAGCGAAUAUAUCGAACUUUGGAACACACAUACAAAUUAAAAAUGGUGUUCUUGGAGUAGCUGGACAACUUGGCAGUUUAUCUGUUUUGGAUUUAAGUCCGAAUGGAAACAAAUAUAGAGAAAGAUUUGUGUUUGCUGGUGACAAAGCUUUGGAUUUUGAUAUUAAAAAAUAUGAUGAAUACGAUGCUGAGUUACGAAGAGAAUUUGACAUUCAAGUUAAAAUUCGGAUGUCAGCAAUAUGUUACGUCCACACCCACAGAUUUCAUCAAGAGCUUGUCGCUUAUCUUCUACAUUUCCAACAGUUACAAGAGGUUCUUGGUAGAAUGCGAGCAGCAUCAGUAGGUCAAGCAGUAAGCAGUGCAUCAAGAAGGCAAGCAAGAAUAUUACUUGACAUUGAAGCUGAUUCUCCAGUUCUUCUCAUACCAGAGAGCAGUCACUCUGACAGACUAGUGGUUGCUGAUUUGGGCAAUCUAACAGUUCAAAACUCAUUUAAAUGGAAUGGUGAUCCCGGUACAUUAUCCCAAGAUAUCAACAUUCAACAUUCGAAACAAGAAAAUCCAGAUACUUCAACAGCACCUUUGUCUCCUGGCUCUCGCAAAUGUUUGUUGGAUGUCUUACAUGCUGAUCUCGAUCAAAUGGAUUUAUAUUCUGCUGUUAGGAGUGAUAAAAAAGACCUCAUCAAUUCAAGCCACUCCUCUGAUGACAAUUCCAUCAUCAUGUUCUCAUCCUUUUAUGUGAAACGAGAUACAAAACCUUUGUUGAAAGAAAAAUGCAAAUUAAGUCUACAGAUCGAACGAAAUCUUGAGAAAGAGACAAUGGUUCGAAAUGUUCCGGAUACUUCAAUCAGUGGACAGUUGUCUUCUGUGUAUUGUACGAUUGAUCUUCAGCAAUAUUGGUUGGUUCGUGGAAUUCUGGAUCAUAAUCUUGGUGAACCGAUACCAGAGUUUCCUCAACCUACUGCAUUCCUACAACCUUCAGUGAUUCAGACUGUACUAUCAGGAUCAGUAUAUACAGGAAUGAGUAUUGAUAUGCAUCUGUUGAAUGUCAGUGUCGAAUUGUUGAAACAACACAAAACAACAUUUCAGAAUGAAGUUUCUUUAGCAAGACUUGAUUACGUGAAGUCUCGCCUCAGUUAUAGAUCAUUUUCCAAUCAAACAAAAACUGUCAAUUUGUCAUGCGAAGCUUUUGUUGCUAGUGACACCCGGUGGAAAGAUGGAUCUUGUCAUAACGAUUUUGGUUCGAGUCGCAGUGUGUUUUCUACUGUUCUUGGACCAACAGAUCAUUCUAAGCAAAACAAGAAUCAAGAAAGUCAAAUGAAAGACUCAAAACUACAAUUUGAAUUACAGUUCAGGGAAGGUCCUGAUUUCUUAUACUUCACUGCAUUACUUGUAGAAAUGAGGGUUUACAUCAUAGCAGACUGGUUGUCAGACGUUUAUCGUUACAUUAUUGUCAACCCUGCUCAGGAAUGGUGCGAUUCGUUACGCGCAAAAGCCGCUGAAUUAUUGGACAAAUACGACCAAGUUGUUCCUGGUCAAGAACAGCAAAAAGAAGCUGCAAACAAAAGAGAUGAACAAUUCAAAUUAAACGUUACAAACACAGAUUUCGUUCUUGUUGAAAAUUCAUCAAAUUUUAAUUCUGAUGCCGUUAUUUUACGAAUGACUGCAGUGUUACAUCACAAUCCUACUUCUGUCCUGUCUCAAAUUGUGAUGAAAAAAUCACUAGAACAUAGGAAGAUUGUCAGUUGUACUUUACAAAGUUUGGAGGUAUUCUCAUGCCAGUUAGAUUGUGAGAAUGAGACUGCGUUAUCAAUUGUUGAUCCAGUGAAAGUGAACAUUGAAAUAGAUUCGUUGAAGAAAGCUGAUCUCACUGAUGAAGAAUUUAACUUUGACCAUUCCUUACUUCGCAAGAACAAACUAGAAGUUCAAAUAUCAGAGAUGAAUACCAGAGUUUCAUACAAUGACCUGUUGUUGUUUCUUGCUAUUAUGAAGUCACUAUCAACUAAAGAUAAUGAGGAAGUGAAACCAGAAAUUGAAGAUAAAGGAACAACUAAACUAGUGUCGGUAUUUCAACCAUCGGAAAAACAUGUCGAUAAUUUGUGUCAGCUCGGUUAUUCAAGGAAUGACGUCGUAAAAUCGUUACAAAAUGCAGAUGGUGAUGUACAGCGGGCCGCAGAAUGGUUGCUUGGGAAUGCGAAAGUUUUGCCAGAAUCAGAGAUUAUGAAGCUUCAAGACCAACAGAAAGAAUCUAAGAAGGUUCCAUUUGACAUUGGAAAGAUGUUUCUUCAUGUUAAUUCAAUGUGUAUUUGCCUGAUUGAUGAUUGUGCAGACUGUGACGUUCCUCUUGCAGAACUUGCCGUUCGUUCCUUGUCAGCCGAACAGAAUCUAUCCUUUCCUGAUCCCGAGCAAAUUGGUCCUGUGCCAAUUUGUUAUGCUGGGAAAGCUCAUUUUAUUCUUUCUGGGGAUUAUUAUAACAGAAUGUUAUCAUUGUGGGAACCAUACCUUGAACCAUGGAGAUGUGGAUUGAAAUGGAAUUAUAUCACAGGAUCUACUUUAUCAUCAACUGGAAAAUGGAACAUGAAUGUACAGGCAUCAGAUAGACUUGAUAUCACUGUGACUUCAACUCUCAUCGAAACGAUUAAAAAAACAAAAGAAACCUGGACGACAAGUUUCAAAAGAACGACUAAUCAACCUCAAUCGGAAAAUUUGAUCGACUUCGGUCAGCCAGAACAAAGUUUUGCGCGAAAACGAAGAGAAUUUGUUCCGUAUGUUCUAAGGAAUCUUACUGGCGAACCACUUAAUUUCAAGACUCAUGUUUCUACAAUACAGAAACCGUCAAGUUCUAUAGGACAAAGAGGAGGAACAUCUCAUAGCUCAACGAAGCAGGAUGAUUCUUGGAUUAUGGUAAUGCCAGGAGAUUCUCAUCCCUUCAGAUUUGAUCGUUCAGAAAAACAAAGACAUAAAAGAUCAGAUGAAACUAUUUUACAUCAGAUCAUUGCGAAGAUUGGUGAAUGGGAAACAUUAUCACCUGUAACUAUAAGUAAAGUGGGAGUUUACUUUCGACAUGCUACUGAAGAAAUUGUCAAAAGUUCAAGUGUUUACAGACCUCCUGACCCUGUCAGAGUUGUAUUCGCUGUAACUUUAGAAGGAAGUGCACAGAAAGUAAUCACAGUUCGUUCCGCUCUCGUAAUCAGAAGUAAAAUCAAAAUACCGGUGCAGAUCUGUCUCAUCAGCGGAGUGGAGAAGCCUAUUGUCAUGCCCAGGCUUGACCCAGGCGGGGUCCAGUAUAUUCCGUUACAACUAACAGCAAUGGGAAUCAAGAUUCGUCCUGUCCAUAGUUCAAAGAAUUUAUUUCGUCCUUGCAGCCAGACGAUACAUUGGAAUAAAAUGUCGAAAGAUCUUGAAAGUACUUCCGAUAUUGUGACUUGCCAAUCUGAAACCAACAAAGAUGUUUUCAGAUUUGCAGUUUGUAUAAAGAAAAAAAAUUAUCCAUUAUACGAAGACGUCAUGGAGAGAUUCACAGAUCAUCAUCAACAUGGACCAGGAGACGUGGAAUCUAUGGCAAAGUUUGGUUAUGUUCCUCCCCACAUGCCUGGCCACACAAUUAUUAUACUGCCUCCAGUGGUGGUUUCAAAUCUGCUUCCGUGUGACAUGCAUUAUUUCUUCAAGGACACACAAGUUGGUGGCAAGUUGAUGCCAGGGCAAGAUGCAACAUUGCAUUGCUUAAAUUUAGUUCCUGGAUCAAUCGAACAAUCUUCAAACCAUCCAUUAUUACUGGGAUGUGCCCUUGAGGGUUUCAGGGAAUGCAGAGAGCUCACCAUCACUCAUAUGGAAAGAAAUGCUCAAAUGAGAAUGGCAAUGCUUGACCAUCAGAACAGAACAUUGAUAUUGAACGUUCGUGUGUUCUGGAGACUCGGAUGUUCAGUGAAAAUUUCUAUCAUGGCUGGAUAUUGGAUCGUUAACAAGACUGGUUUACCAAUCAUACUAAAACAAGAAGGUGCAAAAGUUUCGUUUGCUGGACAAUAUGAUGAACAUGAACGAGCUAGAAGCAUGACUCCCUUACUUUUCUCAUAUUCUGAUCGUGAUCUGCCGUAUUUAUGCACAAUGAGACUUGGAAAAGAUGCCGCACAGGACCUGGUAUUGGAUAACUAUGCAUCAAAAUAUCCACAAUCAAGACCGAGUACUCCUUAUUGUCAAAGCUUUUCUAUCGAUGGUGGAACUUGUACAAGGAAUUUAAAAAUGGUGAAUCACGACUACAGCCCAAGUCGUGUCUACUACAUUGGUGUUGGUGUGAGGCGAGGUUGGGGACGAUACAUGCACACUCAUAUUGUGACUUUGGCACCGAGAUUUCUUCUCGUCAACUUAACAAAAAAUAGUACUUUAAGUUUUGCUCAACUUCAUGCAACCUCUUUUACUGACGAUGCCGCUGGAUUGAACAGACAUCUAACAAUUAUACCAGGUUCAAGUAUUGUCUUCCACUGGCCUCGAGCUGAUCUAGAUUUAUUACUUUGCACAAGAUUAUCAGAGGAGCUGAAUUGCAAAUGGUCAGGUGGUUUUGUGAUUGACAGAAUCGAUGCUUUUCACGUUCAUUUAAGAAUAUUUGGAGGUUCAAAAGGAAACCACAGUAUUUUCCUGAGAGUUGAAAUAACUUUGGUUGAUGCUACGUAUCGUGUUAUGUUUUAUGAUGGAGACAUCUCUUCAUGUCCUUCCCCUCUGCGAAUUGAUAAUAUCUCGGCUGCUCCUUUGGUUGUUAGACAGUGUGACACAGAUGAAGGAUUACAAAUUACUGUUGCACCGUCUUCACAAGUUCCGUAUGCCUGUGAUGAACCUUGCCUGCCACCUAUCAUUGACUGCAGAGUUGAAGGUGUUGCAGUUUCUGUUCAACUCAACAUGGACAACAUUGAUGAAGAAAAAGUUCUUUAUUAUGAAAAUUUCAUUUAUAUAGUGGUCGGGAGAAAUUCUUCAUCAAACUCCAUGCACAACAAUCCAGUAUAUAACGAGGACCAGCUGGUUUUAACGGUUCACCAUGUUGAUCAUGACUGGUCCGUGGACCAAACAAGACACUUGGUGACACUAGAGAAGCGCCGAACAGGAAAUCGAUCUCAAUUAUGGAGAAUGACAAGUGAAGGGUAUUUGCGACACGAAGGAUCGUCGCCACCCGGUGGCAGAUCUAAGUAUCCGUCUUCUUCAACUCGGCAAGGUCUUGUUCUUGAUAUCGCAGAGAUGGCCAUACAUAGCGAGGUGAUGCCACUGACAAUAAGGAACAUUGACUCAACUAGGAAAUCACAGAUCUGGAGUUUUGGUGUCGAUGGAAGACUAUCAUGUGGAUACAAGAACUUGUGUGUACAGAAAUGGGCAAACGACCAAGUUGGACUCGCACCUUAUUUACCUGACAGUCUGGCAACACCGAAUCAAUAUUGUCGCAGUGAGAAGAUGAUUGCAGGGAGUGGGGUUCUGGCUUUGAAAGUUGUUCGAGAUGGCCCGACAAGAGUUAUAAGAGUCAUGGAUAUACAUCAAAAGCGAGCCGGCAUAUCUCGUGAUUCCAGUAACUGGGUUAUGAUGACGAGACAACACUCAUCUCAUUCAGUUGAUCCGAGUCAAGAGGAAAAAACAAAUUCAAAAUCCAGGAAAAUAAGUUUGAACAUUGACUUAGCAAAAGGUGUAGGUUUCUCCUUGAUCAGCAACGCACCUGAGGAAUUACUUUAUCUAACAAUGUCUGGUGUGAGACUAGAAGCCUCAUUGGAUGAGAAAAUUCAAAAGUUUGGUCUCAAAAUACAGAGAAUACAGAUCGAUAAUCAACUACUUGGAGGUCGACCACCCGUGAUGUUGCAUCCGUAUAAAUCAGCUGCAACCAGAGACAAAUCACAGACUUCAACAAACUCAUCUGCUACAGACCCUCAGCCUGCUCUCUCCAUUGAAGCUGUAAAACUGCCUUCUACUAAUAGCUUGUAUGAGAUUUAUCGUUCAUUGUCGAUUAACAUUGGAAGAAUGUGUCUACAGCUCGAAGAAAUCUUACUCCUGAAACUCAUUCAAUUUUUUGGAUCUGGACUUUCACCUGAGACGGAUUUAUCACUUCUUGAUGAAACCAGGAUGGAUUUGAUUCAAAAUGCAACAGUGUCCAAGAUAAUGAUGGAUAGUGGGAAGCGAUAUUACUUCGAUUCAUUGAUCGUUUCAAUUCAACCAAUGCAAUUAUCCAUGUUCACGGCUUCAAGAUCAAACAUGGAUUUAGAGUUAAAGCAAAUCAAGCAAUCAUCCUCAUUGAUGCUCAUACAAUUUGAGAGAGCUCCGGUAACAAUGCAACCGUAUGAGAGAAAACAUGUUUUUGAAACAACCGUGUUUAUGGUGGAUGAAGCCAAGAAGCAUUUCACUGAGCAACUACGAGGGCAAGCGGCGAGGAUACUUGGUGCUGUUGAUUUCCUUGGAAAUCCUAUUGGCCUACUUAGCGACCUGAAAGCAGGUCUCGGAAGUAUGGUUCAAGGAAAACCAGGGAGUUUACUGAAGCAUGUCACUCAUGGAUUGUCAAAUUCUGCAGCAAAGUUCACCGGAUCUCUGUCCACCUUUGCUGGAGGAAUCACGAUGGAUCAAAAUCAUGAAGAAAAAAGACGAGCCAUCCGCUCUAAUCCUAACAAUGCAACAGAUCAUUUCGUGGCUGGCCUACAGAGUUUGGGUACCGGGCUUGUUGGAGGUUUGACAAGUAUUGUUACGCAGACAGUUCGAGGGGCCUCAGACGAGGGCGCUAAAGGGUUUUUCACAGGAUUUGGUAAAGGAUUAGUUGGGACAGUAACUAAACCUGUUACAGGUGUUCUAGAUUUUGCAUCUGAAACGGCCUCAUUUGUUCGUGAUUCGAGUAUUUCAAGUGACAUGAAUGUCAAGAAAGUUAGACUGCCAAGAACUUGUCACAGCUUUCAGGGUUGCUUAGAAUGUUUCUCAGAUUCAAGAUCUGAAAGUCAGCAAUUCCUUUACUCAAUCAAUGGAAGUAAUUACGAUGAAUGGAUUUACUCUUUCAUUGAAAUAAAUAGGAGAGGAAAGAGAGCAUGCUGUUUCUUGUCACCAACAAACGGGUUUAUCUAAUGAGAAACAAAGAACCGGAUCCUGAUGGGAUAUCAUUGAGAGUGAAUUACCAGGAUCUACUGAAUGCUAGACCAGUAUCACAACAAGCUGAAUGGGGACUGGAGCUUGCUAUUAAAAUGGAUACCAGAUCAGAUAGAAAUCUUCAUUACUCAGCUUCAUCAAGUUCCCUUCAUUCUCAGCGUUACGGUUCCGUUUCAAAAAAGCCACAAAUUAUCUGUCACUCUGAAACGACAGCGAGACGAAUUUGUGAUCACGUAAACUAUGCAAAAAUGCUUGCUUCAGAACAGGCUGAAACUCUGCCUAUUAGUUCUGAUGAUACAGAAAGUGAUAAAGCAUUUGAUCUUGAGGUCUGAUGGUCCGAAGUGUUUUUAAUUAUGGCCAUACUCACACACAAAAAACAAUGUUAUACACGAAAGCUAUAAUUUAUGGUUGUUUUGUUUGACACUGAGCCAUUUCAAAAAAUUACUCUGCUCUACGAAAACCUUUCCUUUGGGAUUUUGAAUACUUCCGGUUUUUCAUCAAACAUCUAUACCAUGUGGCAAACCAUUGUUUUUAACAAACAAAAAUGAUCUAAUUACAAGGCCAAUCUUUGCCAAGGUGUAGCUUUUUUCCUAGAGUGUUAACUAGAAACAUGUCUCAUAUCAUGGUAUCGACAAUACACGUAUGUGGCUCCUCUAUCAUUAAAUUGAUUUAGAAAACUUAUGGAAAAGUAAUUAUUCACAUCAUAUAGAAAAAACUCUCGCAAAUCAAUUUUGUACAAUAUUUUCCCAUGUAAAUAUUUUUCGAUAAUAACCAGAGCUACUCGGUGCAUAACUCCGGACAUAGUCAAUUGAUAUUCGAGCCGUUUAUAGCACUAAUUAAAUCUUUGUAUUCAAGCAAAUUUACAGACUUGCGCAUGUGUUGAUAUAUUAAUGGAGGUUUUUCAGAUUUCAAACCAAUUUUAUCGUUUUGCUUUAUACUAAUGAAAUAAUGCUAAUACGUAAUAGACUCAAGUUAGCAGUUAGUAGUUGGCACAUAAUUUCAGUCUCAGUUUUUUUUUUUUUUUUGGAUGCAAAUUGUAAAAAAAAACUGCCAGUUAUUUUACUUUGCUCCAUGAGCUAUGAUAGUUUAUGAAAGACGAGCAUAAAAUUUCCUAAUUUGCGCAUCACUGUUUAAUUUAAUAACUGGUUAUUUCUUGAGCUUAUAAACAUUCUAAGGUACUCCUGAAGUAUGCGCACCAAGAGGUCGCAUAACCUGAACCCUAACCCGGUACACAAUCUGAUUUCAGGUUGUGCGCCAUGUUGGUGCGCAUACUUCAGGAGGUCCCAUUCUAAUAAUAAUAUAUAUUAUCAAUCAAUGCAUCCAUCAAGUUCAUUCAUAU